UGUGCCUCGAACGGCAUGGGCUGGGAUAGGCAGACGUGUAACGAAGUGUGUUACAAUGGUGGUGUCCAUAACUCUUGGCCAUAUCCGUGCGCAUGCUCCCCUGGAUGGAAAGGGCGGUGUUGCGAUGCAGUGGUGAUAUGUGGAUCACCUGGAACCAUAACUAAUGGUCAGGUUCACGGCAGCAGCUACAACUACGGCAACAUCGUAAGGUAUUCUUGUAACCAGUACUACAACAUGAGCGGCAACAGUCAACAGACGUGUCAGAAUAGUGGAAUAUGGAGUGGAGCAAAGCCAAGAUGUAUAUUUGUGAACACGUGUGCCAGUAACCCAUGUAAGAACUCUGGCACGUGUGUGGAUGGACUUGACGAGUACACCUGUAGAUGUCCGCCAGGGUACAGCGGAAUACACUGUGAAAACGCCUAUGCUACUGGUUCCACCCUGAAUGUGACCUGGGUAGUUCCUCGAGCAUCAGACCCACUGGGUCACGAGGUCACCGUCACCACUAACUACCCGGAUGGCUGUGCUCAGCUUCCGUGGGAUGAUUUCACCGUGCAGUACGUGGCCACGAAAGCGUUCAAUGGACUCCAGUCAGAAUGCACGUUUGUCAUUUCAGUCAGACCCACCCCGUGUCCGGAGCUGAAUAUUCCAGAAAACGGUGCUAAAGUGUGCAAUGGCUGGAAGACGGACAUGGCCAAUCUGUGUCUGGUGUUCUGUUCUGGAGAGACUUCUCUGCCGUUUGGUUUGGAUCAUCGUCAGUGGUGGGUGUGCGGGGCUCAUGGCGCCUGGAUUCCUGCUGCUCCCCUGCCGAACUGUUCAGCCCAGCCUGCAGUGGAUACUGGCGGAGAAGGGUUGGAUGUUGGAGAAUAUCGCUACAUGAGUUGUGCUAGCGAUGGAAGCAGGAUGAGGAGCACGUACGUGGAGAAGUUGAAGCAGUCAGAGUUCAGCUACUUGUGUGAGAAGAACGAGGAGAAUUGCGUCCCCGACAAAGUGGCUCUUCAGUGUGGAGAGUGACGUCUGACCUCCACAGAGGAAUGUUCUCUAAAUAAUGCCAUUUUGAAUGUAACCAGUGAUGCUUGACUACUAAUAGGAAUAAGUUUAGUGGCGUAUGAACUAAUUAACACAGUGUCUUCAAUAUAUUAUCUCACAUAAACUAUGACGUUAGACCAUAAAUUCUUAUUAGAUUAUUAAAAAUGUCUGGAUA